AAUCAUACGGUGACGUGUAGCCAAACUAUACAACACAAACUUGUUCUGACAUGCAAGCUUUCUGUUUCUGCUUUACAAUUAUCAAAGUAUUUGAAUAAUACAUUCGAAUAAUAAGAGAAUCCUGUCAUUUUUAAAAAAACCUAACUCACCCUUUCACCUUUUAAACCAAGAAGGUUUAUACUUUACAGUUUGGCUACACGUCACCGUACGAUUUUUGGGUAUACGAUAUUUUCCCUAUCGUUAUGAUUGGCGGGGAGGGACAGGCGUUGUGAAUCAAGGAACAGUUUAAGAAGCCGAUUCACCUGAAUAUCCAACUAAAUAUGGAAAGAAUCUUCGUUAAUAUGAGAGAGAAUCAACGAGUCAUGAAUUCCCCUUACGGAACAUCGGCAGACUUGGAUGCGAGUAGAUCAAACAGCGGGCCGAAUAAUUUGAAAAAUGGCAAUGCACAGCAACAACAAAUGGAGGUACCCAAUGUGUCCAAACUUAACAAAGCGUCCUCUUCAAAAGGCAAAACGGGCGCAAAAUGGUCUUCGAAUGCUGACUGUGCCAAUACCGGCGGUGAGGAUGCAUCGGGUAGAAAUUUUGUGAGGAACGGAAGCACCGUUGCUCUGGCAAAUAAUGGGAAAUACCAGAAUGUUCACACUAAUGCGGCCAUGAUGGCUGCUCCCUAUAAUGGCGGACAUCAACAACCGCCACAUUCAGCUGCGGGGACUCUGCAACAUCCCUCUGUGGAGCAGGCGCAAGCAGGGUUGCCACCCCACUAUCCGCUUCCCCAUUACAGCAUGUCAUCCUAUCUAUAUGAUAUAGGACUUUACAAUAAGACGCUUUUCAACAACGUAUCGACAGCACAAACUUCAUCUAUUGGCUGCUCCAAUAUGGCAUUACAGAAUAACCCUGAACAUCCAAUUGGACUGCUCAAGGAAGAACAACCAGACUCAAACAACGAUCCCUUACCCAACCAAUCGAUCAAGUCUAAGAAGGGAGACCUUGUCCCUGAUGACAGGAUGGAAUCUAAUUCUCGUAGUUCGAACCAACUUAUGAAGAACAACAAUUCACCUGAUAAGCAUACGAAGAUGACUCAAACCGAGAUUAGCACUACCAGAGGUAUACCUCCAGAGUUCAUGGCGUUCAUGAGGGAUGGAAAUGGAAUGAACGAUUUGAAGAAUUCGUUCGCGGCAGCAUCUAGUAAUGCGAGUAGAAGUCUCGAGCUGAUGGCUCUGUUCAAGGAUAACACAACAAGUGACGAUCACAUGAAGAAUGUAUCGUCAAGUUUUACAAGCAGUACAGGAUCAACAACAACAACUAUUAGUGGAGCAUCAACUGCGGGGAAUACAACUUUAUCGUUGGCAGCACUGAUGUCAACAGCAGUUGUCCGACACCCCCCACCACUCGAGCCAUCAGAUCGACGACCGUAUUCUUGUGACACCUGUUUCAAAUGUUUCACUACCUCAGGAAACCUAAAGCAACACAUUGUUAUACAUUCUGGGGAGAAAGUUCAUACUUGUGAGUACUGUCCCAAAUCGUUCAACCACUCCAGUAACCUGAAAGAACACCUGAGGAUACACACAGGUGAACGACCAUACACGUGUGAUGUUUGUGAAAAGACUUUUGUCCGGUCUGGGAGUUUGAGGGAACACAUGCGACGACAUACUGGAGAAAGGCCGUAUAUUUGUAUUGUUUGUCACAAAGCGUUCUCAACGUCAUCCAACCUCAAGCAACACCUCACAAUUCAUUCAGGUGUGAAACACUACACUUGUAGCGUGUGUUUGAAAUCGUUCAAUCACUCCAGUAACCUCAAAGAACACCUUCGAAUUCAUAGUGGGGAACGACCGUUCUCCUGUCACAUCUGCAACAAAUCGUUCUGUAAAUCAUCUAAUCUCAACAAACACAUGUCGAUACAUUCAGGAGAACUAGCUCAGAAGAACUAUUCGUGCACGGUGUGUUCAAAAACGUUCUCGCGCGCAACUAACGCGCGGCAGCACACGAGGAAAUAUUGUUCGGGGUCGGUUUUUGUGGGCGGCGCAGGCCAGGCGGGGCAGGAAGGAGGGGGGUAUUGCAGCAACGAGUCCAGUUCCUCUUCGCCGAGUCGAGUGCCUCAAGUCGAGGUCACCAUUUCUGAGCAACAGCAGCAGCAGCAGCAACAACAACAGCCCUCUGACCAGAUGCAUCAUACUCAUCAUCAUCAUAAUCAACAUCAUCAUCACCAUCAUGUCAUGGGUGAUUUUGUAGGUGAAGUAGUCUGAGAAUAGAUUGGUUGCGUACGAGUACUUAAGCUACGUUUAGACUUGUAUACAAGUAUGAAGGAUUUGGAUAUUUACACGAGAAAUAGUUUGGUAUUAGCGGAUUGAAUACUGCGUAUGCGCUCUAUUUUUCACAAUGUAGUUUGCAUUAGCUGUAAGCAGCCAUCCUGAAAUAUCUCUUCUUUAGCCGACCUUUUUCACGUGACUAAACCAUCCGAGUACUAAUAUCCAAGUAAUGUGUGAUUUUUUAUAUGCUGUGUCUUUAACUCAUGCAUUUUGAGUGAAUGAAACAUUUAUCAUGCUUCGAGAACGUUUAUAUUCAUACUUGUCCUUGAACUUGUAUGCUAGUCUAAUUGUAGCUUCAUGGUGUGGCACAAACCGAUCAAUUCUAAUGGACGAUCCGAUUAUUGAGUAUUCAAGUUGAUCUCGGUUGGUGCAUACUAGCAUUAGUAUGGUGUCGUUGAUCCAUUCUUUUUUCUAGUGUAGAGUGUGAUCUAUUCACUUUUUCCACUGUAGUAUUCAUGAUACACUAUUUAUGAAAACUGGGAAGUGGAAAUAAUUUACUCACUGUUUAAUAGUGACGAUCUUUUCGCCAUGCUGCAAUCCGAUGCAUUACAUCCAACUGAUGCAUUACUUGACUCAAAAUGGGCCUAUGUCAAGACAACAUGGCGAAACAAUUGUUUGUGUGAGUAAACUAUAUCUACUCCAUCGUUUUCAUAUAUGUAGGUAUCACAGCAUUAGUGUUUUAAUCUUCUACUUGCUUUCCUUUUAUAUCUUGACAAGCUAUAUAAUAAAUACGCUCCAUUGACAUUCUUUACAGAACAAAAGCCUCUCAUACUAGCUAAAUAAUAGUUUGCAAAAUAACAAUAUUUAUUUACAUACAGCUUGUUAUAAAUUGUCGAUUAUCUUCUUCCAUCUUUCUCUAUCUGUGGCUAUGAUUAGCCAUAUGUCUCCCACGUGCUGUGCCAUCUCGUCCCUCAAUCGAUAAGCUGGACGUCCCCUUCCUCUGGUACAGUCACACAGUAUCCACUCAGUGCAGAUCUUCGCCCACCGCUCUGCUCACAUUCUUGAUUCGUGAGCGGCCCAUCUUUAUUUGAUGAGGUGCGCUUCUUUCUGCAGAUACUCCACCUUGACCUGUCUCAAAAUUCCGGUGUUCCUGAUCUCUGGUGCAGGCGCAGACCCAGAAUGCUACUUGUCAUCCUUGUUUGCGUUGUCUCCAGUCUCCUGUCUAGCUGAGCUGUGAGUGACCAUUUCUGAGCUCCAUACAAAAUUUAUGAGUACACACAUUUCCUCAACGCUUUUUCUUUUAAUUUGUUGGGGAAGUUUCCCUUGAAAAUCAAUGCUCUAUGUAUUCCACCACAUAGUCUAUCUCUCCUCAAGCUGCUUCAAUUUAAUCUUUACUUGAAUUUGUCAUCAGCGUUGUCUUGCUUGUCGGAAUGCUUAGACGGAGUCCUAUGGUUUUACUAACUUCUAUAAGCUCAUUGAGCAUGGUCUUCAUAUACUCGAAGAACGUGAUACAAGCAUCACAUCAUCAGCAAAGCGUAGAUUUGACAGUUGAUAACCAUUUAUGCAUAUACCUCUAUGAUCCCAUUUAAGUCGUCGAAAAGCAUACUUUAAACAAUAAUUGAAGAUAAUCGGGGAUAGUGGGCAUCCCUGCUUUAGACCUCUGCUAAAAUAAGAUAUACUGUCAGAAUAUUAUAUUUUAAGCUUUAAUAUAAUACAGAUUCACGUCGCUAAAACUGAAAGGGCACACAUCUUAUUACAUAUGAAGAAAGUCUAUGUCGAGUUUAAACAGUAUUUGAAUCAAAUUAAAUUUGUACUCUACUGAAAAAACUUACAACGUGAACUCACUAUUACCUGCUUUGCAUAAAACAGAUUUGAAAUUGUACAAAAGUAAUAUGCGUUUUUUAGUCUCUAGCAAUUGAUCCCUUGUUUUUUAUUCUUUCUGACAUGAAUCAUCGAUGAAGACCAAUUUUGUCUCUUGAAGAGGGUAAACUGUAUGCUGAUAUUGGGCCUCUUACAAUUUUAAAUUAGGAUGCAGCUUUAAUAUAAUAUAGAUUUAUGUAGAAAAUGACAGUAUUUGUCUUUUAAGAAGAAAUUAUCAGUAUUCGUUUUAAUUUUCUUCAUCUCUAGUACCUGGAAAUGCUUAGGCUGAAUGCAAAGUAGACCUUUGGCAUAGUAUUUCAAGAUCAUUUCUACACAUCGAAGAUCAAAGUGAUACUAUUUAGAAUUUUAUCAUACCUUUCCGACGGGUUCACUAGUGGUUUGGAACCCACCUUAAACUACUGUAUUUGUGUACCGUACGGUACUUUUCUGAAUUAUUUAGAUAUGUGACUUUACUGCUUUUAUACAAUACUGUUUUUGAACUGAAUUUCAUCAAAGCUGUUAUAAGUUUUAAUUAUAGUAAAAUACUUCAGAAGGAAUUAUUCUUUACUAUGAAGAAUCAUAGUUUGAUUUUAAUGUAUUAAGAAUUUUGAUUUUUAUCUAUGAAGAUUAUAAUUCAAUUUGGGUAUUCAAUUUUUCUAAUAAAUAUGCACAAAACUCUAGAUAAGCAGACAUAAUUGAAAAUAUUUUGCAUGGUUUUGAAAUAUGUCAUAUUUUGUCAAAUGUUAUUGUACAUAAAAUUCUUUAUAAGCAUCCGACUUGAGAGUUAUUUCUCAAAUCUGCUUUUACAACGACUUUUAAAAAAACAUUAAAUAUUUCAGGGAACCGUGAAUCUCUAUUUUAUUAGUGAUAUUUUUUGUAAAAUGUGGAUCAUUUUUAUCUUUGUAAGAAGAAGUUUCCUUUCUUUUCUAAACUUUCAAAUUGAUUUCAAUAUUGAAAUCAAAUCGGUGUGUGAGGAAAGAUAUUAGCAUAUUUAUGGCUUUCAAUGACAUUACCAACCUAGUCUGUAAACGUUUCAAGUUUAAAUCUUCAUCAAUUAAUAUCAAAUUCUGGAAGAUUUCUAUUUUUCUCCUAUUUUACUACUAAAGACAUUGCAAUUAUCAGUUUUAUUUUGAUUGUUUGCAGGAUUGAUCAAAAUAACUGUACUUGUGCAAUACCAUGAUAUUAUGUGGAAUUGAUAUUAGACUAAUAUGAUAUUAUUACUUUCUAAUAUGAAAAUAUUAUAUUAAUAUGAUAUUAUCACUUUGUACUUCUUUAAUCUGUCGAUCUCAAUCUUAUAGUAAAUAUAUUAUCUCAUAUAUUUUCUGCUCUGGUCAUAUUAUAAGCAUGAUAUUACAUUAGAAAUCUCAGCCCUUUUUUAAUAUGUUUUAUGUUGAAAUGUUUUUAAAAACUAAGAAGAGAAUAACUUAUGUUUAUAGUUUCACAACUACUGUGUAUUAAAAAUAUAAAUAGGAAUUACAUAUGAUACGGUAAUAAUUGUUCGUAUUGUUUUUGAAUGUAAUAUCUGUCUAUUGACAUAGAGAAACUAUAGCAUAAGGAAACGAUGUCAUAACCAUGCUAUCUAAACGAUAGCACACUUACGCUAUUGUUUCUCCAUGCUAUUGAUCAGUACGGUAUAUUAAUUAAAAAAAACUGUAAAUUAUAUCCUUUGCCAAUGUACCGUUGUUCGUGCAGUAGUAUAUUGACUAUUGUUAAACUGUUUAGUGUGUGAAUUAUCAACGCAAAUAUACAUUACGGUAUGUAAAUAUAUUGUGGAAGGAUGUCGUAUAAAUGUGAAAUUUGAGUAUUGAAUAUAUUGAGGUAUUAAAGAUAUGAUUUGUAUA